AUGGCAGCGAGGGUUGUGAGCAAUUCCAGCUUGGGGCUGGAUCGAGUGGUGAAGAUAGCAGUGCCUUGCUUCGAAGCUCUGGUGAACUAGAAGCAUGAAAUCAAAGACAUCACUAUGGUGGUGGCCACCGAUUCCUGCCCCCAGACUGAUCUGAAACCUAUCGAGACUCUCUGCCGGGAGCUGGACUACUACUUCGAGGGCAUUUACAGGGAAAUGAUCUCGCCCGCCGACGACCAUACUAACAUUAAUGCCGGCCCUUCUUCCACUACUACUGUUGCGUCUGCCCCCGCCGGCACCUCCUCCAUGAGAAGACCAACGAAAGGUAGUGCCGCGCGCCGGCCGCAUGCAUGCAUGCAUUUGAUCAAUCAGUCAAUGCCGGCCGCGCGCCGGCCGCACGUCGUAAAUAAUGUUGUCUAA